AUUUUUCCAUUGACAUUGCCUGUGUUAAGAAACACGCUGUUUAAAAACAGCAUUCAAAUUUUCAGUAUAAGUUUUGAAUUAUUCAUUACCAAGUCAUGCUCCAUUUGAAGACGUAAUUUGAAUUUCAUAUGUGACAUCUGUUGGGCAUAGGCUGCAACAGCAGAUAAAGCAAAGAGAGUGACAAUUUAUUCAUCGUUUCAAAUCUUUCAAAUUAGUCUAAUAAAAUGCACAAACAUAUAAUGUAGCAAAAAGCCCAACAUUCUGAAACAUCUACUUGCACACAGCAGAGAAGCAAUAAUAAUAAAUACAAUUAGACCAACAGAAUAAUUUGAAACAAAUUGCUUUGUUGACCCUAUGAUGACAGCUGAAACCUGACUGGCCACAUCCACGUCCCCAGGCUGGUGGGGAUUUGCAGUUGGCACUGCUCGAAGUUGGGCAGGAUGAGGAGAGGCAGCAACCACACUGCCCCAGGGCACAGAGGGUGAAGAGCUGCUCAGAGACCUGAACCUAACUUGUAUCCAGAUAGGGAAUGCAGCUAUUUGUCAAUCCUAGUGAAAACUGGCCAAUCACUUUUCCUACAGUAUAGUAGUUUACCAAAGAGACUUUUUCUGCAUGAUGGUGCGUCUUCCAAGCCUCUAUGCCAGGCACCAGCAUCCCACAGGUGCUGAACUCUGCUGUGUGCAGCGUGGGUCUGUUGCCGUGCUCCAGCUGGGUUUUGCAAGCUGCAAAGCAAGAGGCAGCUUUUUGACCGAACUUCCUGUCAAAGCACUGCACAGCAGGGGCAGGGGCAGGAGCUGGGCCUACAGCCAGCCCAGCUGGGAAAGCUAUGGGGUGGCCACCAGCUGCGCCUGCUGCAGUGUGACCACAGUGUGGCUGCACCAGUGGAGGUUAGGGUUGAUCAGGAAUUUUCUGAUGCAACCACUUCGAAAGAAGGUGCCAGGGCGAAAUGCAAACCACUUCUGUUUAUUAAAAAUGAAAAAAAAAAUGAAAAAAAAAAAAAAAAAACCCAAAACUCUGACUUUGUCAAAACAAAACAGUUCCUGUAUGAACCUGCUGGCUUUGCUGCUGGCUUCCUUGCAGCUCGUGAGCUGACAGUAGUAGAAGCAUUCCCUGGGGCCUACUGAGGAUUUAUGUCCUUGAUAGGAGGAGGAGUGGUGGCUGUGCCUCCUGAGCUCUUGUCUAGUAACUGUCAGGGGAAAAGCCCUGUUAGCCCAUCAUCUUUCACUGAGCACUUAUAGAGGCUGAACAGGGAGCAUGCUGCAUGCGUGUGACACGCAGUGCUCACCGUGUGUUUUAUGGAGCUGUGCUGUGAGCGUGGCAGCAUCUGAGCAGGGUUGAGUUGGAAUAAAAACUGGGUGAGGAAAGUGUCAGAACUGAGACAAAAUUUCUAAAUCCUGCUCUGGCUCUUCAAGUAUGUGAGUAUAUUCCAUCGUUUUCCAGUCCCUGAUGGAAAUCCCAUAGCUGUGUCAGAAAACACCCAGGCUCUGUGUAAUAUGAGGUUAAGGGGUGUAUGGACAUUCACAUUUCGUGCCAUUGUACACAUGGUGUAAGGCCUUGUGAAACGCCAAAGUCCACCAAUAUGAGUGGGACUUUUUUUGUUGAUUUCACUUGCGCUUUAGAUUAGAUCUGUAAUUUUCAACUGAUUUUUUUCAGUUGUUUCAGCUCGUUUGAUUUCGCACUCUGUACUUCAUUUUGAACCUUUUUUUUCCCAGUGCAUAAUUUUUCAAGCAGAAUGUAGAACAGCAUUUUUAAGAGUCUUUUGGGGACAGUGAAGCAGUAAGAAGUUGAUUUAAACCCCAAAUAUUUCCCUAUCUUAGAAAAGAAUUCUCUAGUUCCCUUUAGAUUUCCAGCAUUUUCUGGGCCUGAAUAUGCAUUUGUAUAUGCAGGAAUGUUAUAUUAUUUGGGAGAAGCUCUAUUGGGAGGGGUUUUUCUGUGCAUGCAAGUGUUAAAUAUUUUCUGAAAUAUUUUCUGGAUAUGGGUUUGCCAUCUUUUAACGAUUCUUCCUGGCUACACGUCUUUGCCAUUGCUGAACAUGACAUAAAUCAUGCGUAGAUGACCUAUUGCUUCCUGUGAUAGCAGGACAGAUCUGCUAAGCUGUUCAGCAGACUUGGAUCUGUACCUGUGAUGAUGCUCUCAGGAAGCUGCUGGCUGGAUGCUUGUCCUAGUCUGCAGCUGUGGCAAGUUUAUUUCGGACCGAGAAAGCAGGAGAAGUCUCACAAACAGCCACUUGGAAAAGAAGAAAUGUGAUGAAUAUAUUCCAGGUACGACUUCUUUGGGAAUGUCUGUCUUCAACCUCAGCAACGCCAUCAUGGGCAGUGGCAUUUUAGGCCUUGCUUUUGCAUUGGCCAACACAGGAAUCUUCCUUUUUUCGCUGCUUUUGGUUUCUGUGACAUUGCUGUCUAUUUAUUCAAUACAUCUCCUGUUGGUGUGUUCAAAGGAAACAGGCUGCAUGGUAUAUGAAAAGCUUGGUGAGCAGGUUUUCGGUACCCCAGGGAAAAUGAUUGUCUUUGGAUCUACAUCUCUUCAAAAUGUUGGAGCAAUGCUGAGCUAUCUCUUCAUAGUCAAAAAUGAGCUGCCUUCUGCCAUAAAGUUUCUAAUGAGAGAAGAAGAAAAUUUUUCGGCAUGGUACGUGGACGGGCGGAUUCUUGUUGUUGCAGUGACAUUUGGUAUCAUCCUCCCUUUAUGUCUCCUUAAGAACUUAGGGUAUCUUGGCUAUACCAGUGGAUUCUCAUUAAGCUGUAUGGUAUUUUUCCUGGUAGUGGUUAUUUACAAGAAGUUUCAAAUUCUCUGUCUCGAACCGGAGCUAAAUACAACAUCACCUAUCCUAUCAAAUAGCUCAGCAUAUGAGCAUAUGUGUAAGCCAAAGUAUGUUAUCUUUAAUUCCAAGACUGUGUAUGCUUUGCCAACCAUCGCUUUCGCAUUUGUGUGCCACCCAUCAGUCCUUCCAAUUUACAGCGAACUUAAAGACCGUUCACAGAAAAAAAUGCAGUUGGUUUCAAAUAUCUCAUUUUUUGCCAUGUUUGUGAUGUACUUUAUGACUGCCAUAUUUGGCUAUUUGACUUUCUAUGAAAAUGUGCAGUCAGAUCUGCUUCACAAGUACCAGAGUAAAAAUGACAUCCUCAUCCUGACGGUGCGCUUGGCUGUGAUUGUUGCAGUUAUACUCACUGUGCCAGUGCUGUUUUUCACUGUGCGUUCAUCAUUAUUUGAGCUGGCAAGAAAAACAAAGUUUGACUUAUGCCAUCAUGUUUUGGUUACUUUUGUUCUUCUGGUUAUCAUCAACCUGUUGGUCAUUUUUAUCCCAACCAUGAAGGAUAUUUUUGGAGUCGUAGGGGUCACUUCUGCCAAUAUGCUGAUUUUCAUUCUUCCUUCAUCAUUGUAUUUAAAAAUUACACAUCAGGAUGGAGGAAAAUUUACUCAGAGGAUUUGGGCUUCCCUUUUCUUGGCACUGGGGAUAAUGUUUUCCCUAGUGAGCAUCCCAUUGGUCAUCUACGACUGGGUACAGUCAGGAGGUAGUACUGAAGGCAGCAACUGAAGUUGACCUUCUGAAAAGGAGACAUGCCUGUUUGCUACACACCAAAAUCGCAACCAUCCGUUCUGUUAUCUAUUCUACCUUUUGUGAGUUUACUCAAAUCAAAUCCAAGUAAUGAUUUUCCAGUACUGAAUAUGCUGUUUUGGGUGUAUUUUCUUGCAGAAAACAGACCCGUUAUUCCAACAGGCAUAUCACUCUGUCCCACAAUACUGAGUUAUCAGAUCAGCAUAAAUUCUGUAUUGUCUGCAAGACUAUGUAGAGUAUUGCUCAUAGGAAUUCAUCACAAUUUGUUUUUCCACUUCCACCCAUGAACUGCAUUGUUCUGUUAUUAUUCUUAGCCCUUGAACCAUGAGCUCUGCUCCUUUAGAGCAGCAACAUUUGUUAUCAAUUCCAGCUGGAGUGAUUAUCCCAAAUGUCAUCAGUACACUCCCUUUCCCAUUGCAUUUUAACAAAAACUGCUCUUGAAUUGUAUGCAUUGUUUGUUUGUUUGUUUCUUUGUUCUUUCGCUGUUUUGUACACCAUUUGCCUCACCAACUAAGUGUAGCAUUCUGGAUAUGGAUACAGAAAUCACCAUCAGAGCAUAAAUGAGCGCUGUAUAAACUUAGGUCCUAAAUCUGGUGCUUCUCUCUGUAAUGUUGCAGUGGAGGAGCCAGCCUUAGGCUUGGCUCGUUUGUUGCUUUGAGAAGCAGGCGUGUGUGUGUGUGUGUGUGUGUGUGUGUGUGUUUGUGUUUGUGUUUUUGCAAAGGGGUACAAGGAGCUGGAGUAGGAUGAUCAUCAUCAGCCACCAUUUCCUGCUACCUUUCAGUUUGCACCCGGCCACCAAUAGCCAGGAUGCUCAGCAAUGAGUACCUGAACCUGAAGAGAAGCAGAUGCUCAGAGAUUUCCAUAGGAAGUCUGCCUUUCUUCCAGCAUCAAACUGUUCACUAAUGCCCUGCUCUUCUCAGAAAACAAUGGCAGGCUCCAUUUUUAUCAAAACCUACACAUUUAAUUAUACCUCAUGUCUUUUGCAUUCUUGGAUUCAUCCGUAAACACCUAGGGUGACCUUGUAGAGAUUUGCUUCUCUUGUGUUUCACCCCCCUCCCGCUGAAGUCAGCAGGGUUUCUGACUUCAAUCUGCAUUUGGAGCAGAUUCUGACUCACCCUACUGAACUAACCAGAUUUCUAAUGGAAUUUGAAGUCUGUAAUAUUUCUUUCAAAUAACAUAAACACUUUGCGUUAUUGAAAUGUUUUAUUUACAUUUCACAUCAAUUCUUUAUAACAAUCACAGAAAAGACAUUAAAUUACUACUAGCAGAAACACUGUAACUUGUAUCUGUUGUCCACAGAGUAUUUGCCUAAUGCCUUAUAGCUGGUGUAGAGAACUACUUAUAGAGAUUCAAAUGCUAAGCAGAUGAUUGUUGACCAUUCUCAGCAGACAUCUAUUAGUGCACUGCCAGCAGCAUAAUUGUGUUCACUUUGUAUCAUUCAUCCUGUGAGCUAAAAACGUGUCUGAGUUUUGCUCUCAGAAGAUGAAAUUGGCUCCUACUGAAAAAAACCUGAAGGCUGAAGGGAACCCUAGGUCACAUCCAAGGGCUAAGUAAUGCCCUAAGUAAUGUAUGUUUGAGAUGUACCUGUCAGUGUGCAGUGACCCUCUGGCUCCCACUGUAGCUGUGGGAAGAACCUGUAGUUAACAGCACUGCCUGUGGGUAAACUGUCAUUACAGCUUGUUGUUUUUAAGGUUAGGGAUGGAAAAUUCAGGGUCUUGGGAUUUCUGUGACCUGUUGAAUUACCCCAGUUGCCCCCACUUUGUCCUACAUGGCUUGAAGGCACUGAGAGUUGAGACCACAAAGCCUUCUCAGGAUUUUGAGAGUUGGUUUCUAAGGGUAACAUACAGAGAGGUUACUUUGGGGCCUUACUUGGACUUUAGGCAUCAACAUGUGGAGAGGUCCCUGGAGCAGCCUGACAGCAAGAAGAAAACUGGAAGUCCCCUUUUCAUCGGGGGGCCUCUUUCAUCAGGUGGGCCCUCAUUCACUGUAGACUACAAGUCCAGGUGCUAGUGAAAGUCUAGAGAGAAGAAUCUGUGCUUGCCAUCUCCUCUCAGCUUGUUUCCUGAUUCUUCCAGCGUGAGAUGUCAUUUGUGGCAUCCCUUUUACAGGCACUCACAAAGGCAGCCAUAGCAGGAGAACGGUUUCUAACUUUGAAUCAGAAAGACAUGUUACUGUGGCUUGUAGAGACAGGACAUGGGGCAAUGGUUUUAAACUAGAGAAGGUUAGAAUUAGAUUGGAAGGAAGAAGUUCUUCAUUAUGAGAACGGUGAGGCAC